AUGACCGUCCGAGGACAUCGUGUCGCGUACGAAGAAGAGGAUGCCUCGACUCUGAGGCUUGGUUCAGAGUUCAACAAUGCGGGUUGUUUGCUCAUUUCUGAGGUGCGGUACCUGCUUGAACAUAGACCGGGAGACAAGGCGGCUCCAGAUACUUCGGUGUACAACAAGACUCUGGACUAUGUGAAGACGUUCGCCAAGUUCGACAAACCGGAGGCUGCAGCGGCUAUUCGAGAGACUCUUCGAAGAGAGUCUGCGUUGACUCAGUUUGAGAUUGCUCAAAUCGCAAACCUGUGCCCGGUUACUGCUGAAGAGGCGAAGAGUAUUGUUCCUAGUCUUGUCAAGAUCGACGAUGACAAGCUUCAGCCUCUACUGGACGAGAUUCAAACGAUGCGCAAGUUCCAGUCAUAG